UCGAGAAAAUGGUUAGAAAUUGCGCGAAAGGAUAUGAUUAUAGGUCGAUAAGUGAAAUAAUAAACAAAACAAUUUCAUGUGUGCUUUCUUUUGAAAUAAGGCAUAAUCAAAAAGACAAGCAUUAUAGUUGCCUUAUUCAAGGAGGAGCACUUUGAUGUUAUUAUUGUUAAAGCAGCGCGAAUGGCUAUGAAAGCUUGAAAAGUGGUAGUACUCGAACAGUUCUAAAAUUCUGAUUUCUUGUAAAAUGUAGUAGAAUAAAAACGCGUUAAGUAAUAAACAGACGGAGUGACAUUUUGAAAUUCUGAACAGUGUCGUCUGCGCAUUAGAAUGGUGCAUCUGCUGGCAGAAACGUUGAUUUGAUAUAGUGUAGGAAAUAUAGCGUGCUCAUAUCAUGGCCGUUACUGUUGCAUUUUGCACACUUAUGGUGCUGAUAGCAACGGCUGAACAAAGCUUCGACUAUGUUUGGAACAUAGUCGGUGGAGUCAACGAUCCGAGUUCUGACAAACAUAUACAGGAUAUCGGGGAAGUUGUCCGGGCAGGUAACUACAGAAGUGCCCUAGUAGACAACUGGCAACUUCAGUCCUUUGAUUCUGUUUCUAUGUAUGGAAUGAAUAUGUUUGGAGAUGUGUUUUGGGAAACCGAGUUCAACAUUACCGGGACGACGUGGCCAUUGUCCUCGUGGCUCCUUGGGGAUCACAUACUAAGUUCAUCAGCUGAAGUCAGUGGUACACAAUCUGCUAUAUAUAAUCAGAGUAACUAUGAUCUUCGCCUAUCUCCUAGCCCAGAUAAAUCCUGGUUUGCUAUUUCCACUAGGGGUUUGUCAUACGGAGGUUUGCCACUAUUUUUCGUUCCACGAUCAGCCUAUGUGCCAUUCAGCGAUCCCGCCAUCCUAGACGGUCCACUGGGAUGUUGGGAUCUGAAUGACCUUAUCAACGUGGUGUUUCAGUACGAGGACAAUACAUAUAUGACACCGGCUACGUGUAUUAACAGAUGCUGGGAUAACGCUACUGUAGCUAUGUUAGUGAAAGCCAAACAAUGUUACUGUGCUGAUAUAAACCCUGGAGUCCCGCCAACAGACAUUCCGUCAAACUGCUAUUUAGAAUGCUCAGGCUCGACUGCCAUCUGUGGCGGUUUUAGCGCAACUGCUGGGAACGCAUACCAUGUGCAAGGAAGUAGAAUGCCAGGUUAUCUCGAUACAGUGCUUCUCUAUAGUACAAUUCGAGUGAAUGUGAAUACAACUAUUCAGAUAGAUAUUUCUGGUGUAUCUGCGGCGUCAACUGAGCCCAUCUUUAUUUCACGGAUCAUGGUAAAUGCCACUGGAUCAAUGACCUCGACAUUUACGGUACAGUACAGCGAUUUAAAUUGUGCGGAGUCAAGCGGAAUUAUGAAGAUUUUAUCAUAUUCUACGCCAACGACGUUUUUGGCCGAUGGAAGCCAUUCGGAUUUCAGCAUUCUAAAAGUCCGUUGUUUAGAACUCGUACUUGAUGCUCCUGUCACCGAGGCUGUUGUGGAACUUUGGGGACCCGACAACAGUUCCGAGCACGUGGGUGUACCGGCUCUAGUCAUAAGAGGGAAAGUGUAUACUGAAGUUACAACAACAAGUUCUACAACAUCUACAUCAACAACAACGCCGACGACGACGACGACAACAGCAACAAUUACCACCACUGUUUCCACCACAACGUCAACAACGCAGUCUACUACUACAUCUUCAACCCCUUCAACAACAUCAUCCACAUCAACCACGACAACCUUGCCUCCCGCUACUACAACUAGUACAACUCCGUCUACAACAUCUUCUACAUCGACCACGACAACUUUGCCUCCCACUACUACAACUAGUACAACUCCGUCUACAACAUCUUCAACUCCUUCCACUUCAACCGCUUCCUCCACAUCUUCUGGUACUUCAACAACAUCAUCUACAUCAACAACAUCUUCUCCUUCCACUACAACAGGGCCGCCUUCUACAGUACCAAGCAUAGUUUCAAGUUCAAUAACAAGUGCCACAUCAACAUCUUCAACAGGUGCAAGCACAUCAGUACAAACCACUACAAAAGCUACUUGCCACUGUCCAUGUAACACAACUUUGCCUCAUUUAAACCUUACGACGGAGGAAUUACAGGAAAAGAUAGUUGAAAUACAACGCCGUUUAGCCGUAAAUGUCUCGGAACUGUCUUCAACUGUUCGAAAACUAACCAGCGCCGAGGAUUCCCGAGUAUCAGCGGUCAGUAUCGGUUAUAUUGGUGUUGGUAUACUGGUCAGCAUAGUUGCAUCUAUUGUUUUUAUAGACUCUGCUAUGCUUUUCAGAGAUGUAAAGAAGUUGUUUGAUAAUAUCAGAACAGGACUAUGUCCAAAAGAAAUUAAUCCACAAAGUUAGCAGUGUUCAUGAACAUGGCUGGAAAAGCAAGAUGUAGCCUCAACGUUUAGGGAAUGGCACUCCUGGAAGGGAGAAUACUCUGUUUGAAAAGAAAACGUGUUAGUUAGUAAAGUUUCACUUUGUUUAAACAGCUUUAAUGCAGCUCGAAUGUGGAAAAACUUUUAAAUGGAACCAGUUGAGUAAAGCAGAUCAUAAACAUUCAAAUCAAUGAUAGUUCUUCAUUUUUCUGCACUUCAGGAGACUUCUUGUAAAUUCAUGAAAUUCAAUCCAGCUAGAGAUUUUUUGUCAGAAAUCCAUAUAUGGUUUAUAUCCGUCCAAAUGCACAAAAAUAACAUCCAGCCCUUAUAUUUACAUAUUAAUCGUAGCUUGCUUUCGUUCAGAAAAUAUAAAAUAAUUUAUUUUAAAAUACAGUUUCAGAUGUCUUUAAUAUAAAAUAUCAUCAUAUCCAUUUUUUUAAACUUUAAGAUGUUUAUAGCUUCAUCAUUGCUUAUUGUAUAUUGUAUUCAUGUUAUAAAAAUAAUACGAAUAAAAUAUAUUUAUCC